GCUGAAUAUUUUUGGAGAAGCAGGUGAAGAAGAUCAAGAAACUGAUGAUGCAAACAGUGACGGAACAGGUGGAACGCACUUUCUGCAGACACGUUUUGAUUAAGGGAUGUAAGUUGACCGAUCUAGAAGUUCGCAUAUUCAUUUAUGACUUUAUGACUUUAUUUCUACUUGAAGAAGCCACGCACCAUAAAGUAGUUCUUGACUACCCGGCUUCGUCAUCAAGUAGGCUUAGCCUGUCAUAUUUUUAUAUAUGAUGGGAAUAGCUUUAGCUGCAAGCGAACUCCUUUGCGACCUCAUGAUUGAAGAGGAGCAAAAAGCUGUAACCCUAAAGCCUACUUCUAGAUGAGAUAUGUCAACUUGCAACCGCUAACUUGACACGCUGUUUCCAGAGUAUAAACAUUGGUCGGGGGCUAUGCAGGAGAGAUUACGAGGGAAAUUGGAAUUACGACGUAUAUUCUACGUCGAUGCUACAUCCAGACGUGAAUGGCAGCAACCGCAUCUGGCGUCACGUCAAGUAUCGUCGUCGGGAGAGGAAACG